UUCUGCAGCAGCAAUGGCUUGGAAUACAUCGUGGGCCGGGUCUGGAUUGGCUUCUGGAUGAUCCUGCUGGUGCUGGUGGUGGUGGCCUUCGAGGGCAGUUUCCUGGUGCGCUUCCUGUCCCGCUACACCCAGGAGAUCUUCUCCUUCCUCAUCUCCCUCAUUUUCAUCUUUGAGACCUUCUCCAAGCUGGUCACGAUUUUCAAGCAACACCCUCUGAAGCGGGACUACAACGUGAAGGCUGACUUUGACCCCUCGGAGCCGGAGCCCAACACGGCCCUGCUGUCCCUCAUCCUCAUGGCUGGCACCUUCUUCCUGGCCUUCUUCCUCCGCAAGUUCAAGAACAGCGCCUUCCUGCCGGGCAAGGUCCGGCGCUUGAUCGGGGACUUUGGGGUGCCCAUUUCCAUCUUCAUCAUGGCCCUGGCUGACUUCUUCAUCAAGGACACGUACACACAGAAACUGAGCGUCCCUAAAGGGCUGGAGGUCACCAACUCGACCGCCCGGGGCUGGUUCAUCAACCCCAUGGGGCUGCACGAAAAAUUCCCCAUCUGGAUGAUGUUCGCCUCCGUGGUGCCCGCCCUCCUGGUCUUCAUCCUCAUCUUCCUCGAGACGCAGAUCACCACCCUCAUCGUCAGCAAGCCCGAGAGGAAGCUGGUGAAGGGCAGUGGCUUCCACCUGGACCUGCUGCUGAUCGUGGCCAUGGGGGGGCUGGCGGCCCUUUUCGGGAUGCCCUGGCUCAGUGCCACCACCGUGCGCACCAUCACCCACGCCAACGCCCUCACCGUCAUGAGCAAGGCCUCCUCUCCCGGAGAGAAAUCCCAGAUCCUGGAGGUCAAGGAGCAGCGCAUCAGCAGCUUGCUGGUGGCCGUGCUCAUCGGCGUCUCCAUCCUCAUGGAGCCCAUCCUGAAGUACAUCCCGCUGGCCGUGCUCUUCGGCAUCUUCCUCUACAUGGGGGUCACCUCCCUCUUUGGCAUCCAGCUCUUCGACCGCAUCCUGCUCCUGCUGAUGCCCCCCAAGUACCACCCUGACGAGCCCUAUGUCACCAGGGUGAAGACUUGGCGGAUGCACCUCUUCACCUUCACCCAGAUCAUCGUCCUUGUGCUGCUGUGGGUGGUGAAGUCCACCCCGGCCUCGCUGGCGCUGCCCUUCGUCCUCAUCCUCACCGUGCCCCUGCGGCGCUUCCUGCUCCCCAGGAUCUUCCGGGACAUCGAGCUCAAAUGUCUGGACGCCGAUGACGCCGUGGUGACCUUCGAGGAGGAGGAGGGCACAGACGUGUACAACGAGGUGCAGAUGCCCAGUUAA